UAUCGUUGCUUCACUGUGAUCUCGUGCUGGCGGCGGGAUAGUUGUGUUGUUUAUUAGUGAGUUUUAAACAUAGACAGUAUAAGAACGGUUUUAAGAAGACAGAGCUCCAGAAUCCAGAGUGAGUCCAGCAGCCCCAGUGGACAUCUGCUGGAUUUCAGGACAAGAGAGGAAUGGAGGAGGACAACCAGAACCAGGAGCAGCGGAGCAACAAGGUCCCCAGAAGACCAGCAGCAGACUGGGACUCUGAUACCAGCCAUGUUCAGGAGCCCUCAGCAGACGUCAAGCUGGCGACCGUAGCAGGAAAGAAGGCCGAGGAGGAGCAGCCUGCAGCACCUCCUGCAGCAGUGAAGGAGGAGGAGGAGGAGCAGCCAGCAACAAUAGCAGAAGCAGCAGCAGCAGUGAAGGGGGAAGAGGAGGAGUAUGUGGUGGAGAAAGUUUUGGACCGCAGAGUGGUGAACGGAAGAGCAGAGUUUCUGCUGAAAUGGAAGGGGUUCUCAAAUGAGGAUAUCACAUGGGAGCCGCAAGACAACCUGGAUGUCGACCUUAUCACCGAGUACAUGCAGAAACACAACGAGAAGGAGGAGGAGAAGAAGGGCAAGAGGAAAGUUGUCACCGAGGCCUCGGGAGACUCAGAGGAGCGAGGGAGCAAGAGGAAGAAGGAGGAGAAUCCAGAGUGAGUCCAGCAGCCCCAGUGGACAUCUGCUGGAUUUCAGGACAAGAGAGGAAUGGAGGAGGACAACCAGAACCAGGAGCAGCGGAGCAACAAGGUCCCCAGAAGACCAGCAGCAGACUGGGACUCUAAUACCAGCCAUGUUCAGAAUCCAGAGUGAGUCCAGCAGCCCCAGUGGACAUCUGCUGGAUUUCAGGACAAGAGAGGAAUGGAGGAGGACAACCAGAACCAGGAGCAGCGGAGCAACAAGGUCCCCAGAAGACAAGCAGCAGACUGGGACUCUGAUACCAGCCAUGUUCAGGAGCCCUCAGCAGACGUCAAGCUGGCGACCGGCGCAGGAAAGGACAAGAAGGCCAAGGAGGAGGAGCAUCCUGCAGUACCUCCUGCAGCAUUGAAGGAGGAAGAGGAGGAGGAGCAGCCUGCAGCACCUCCUGCAGCUGCUGCAGCAGUGAAGGAGGAAGCGGACGAGGAGCAACCUGCAGCACCUCCUGCAGCUGCAUCAUCAGCAGUGAAAGAGGAGGAGCAACCUGUAGCAGCAGUGAAGGAGGAGGAGGAGGAGGAGGAGCAUCCUGCAGCAGCAGUGAAGAAGGA